AAAAUAUUUUCCAUUUCUGGUGAAUAACCAAAAGAUCGCCCCUUUCUCCGCAGUUCUCUGCUCUUCCCAAUUCUCUCCUCCGUCCACUAUAUAUAUAUGCCCCGUAGUUGGAAAUUCACUGAUCAAUAUUACAUUUUUCAUCUUUUUGUUGUCUGCUUAUCUAUAUCGGCGGUGUAGAUUCUAUUAUGCAAGUUUUACCGAGAUGGCGAAACGUUUUGAUCCUCAAGAACACCAUUGCUCAAUCGACAAGUAUAAUGACAACCCAUAUGGCUUCGUUCCAUUCAACUGAUGCUGUCUUUGAGAAAUGGAAAAACAAGUUCAGCUUUGAUGUAAGAGGAGAGCAACAACCAUCAAAGAAUUAUAUAAGAUAUGCAGUACGGCAGAAGCGCGCUGACACUAAGAGAGCUCUUAAAAGCAUACUCUUCAACGGGGGGUGCUCAACAUCAAGAGAUGAGUCAUUUGCAAAGAUAGAAGCAGACUACGCAGAUCAGUUAAACAAGAAGUCUCGAAUAAAGUCUGCUCGUCAAGCUAAGAGAGCUUGCCACAAGAAAUUGAAACGUAAGCAUCGGAAAGAGAAUAUGUUUGAAGAUUAUGAUGAGAAUCCUGAGAGAAUAUUUCGUGCUACAUUUGGGAAACAGGGCUUCACUUGGACAUUCAGGCCGUCGGAAAUGGGAUUUGAUUGGACGGGAAAUUUUGGUUGGGGUGGUUGUAGAUUUAACGAACAGGACAGUAAAAGUAGGACAGAAUCUGAUGCAGGGUCUUUCAUUCUAGGAACAUAUGCUGAUAGAAAAAUCCUUGGUUUACCAACAGCUGGUCCUUUGAAAAUUGAAGACGUCAAGGCUGCCUUUCGCUUGUCAGCGUUGAAGUGGCAUCCUGAUAAGCAUCAAGGUUCUUCACGGGCAGAUGCUGAGGAGAAAUUCAAGCAUUGCGUCAACGCAUACAAAUCACUGUGCGAUGCUUUUUCUACGUCUUAGCUUAUCUUUCUUUUAACAUCAGGAAUCAAUAUUCUUUCUGCAGAUGUCAACUUUCUUAUCCUCCUCUACCAUGUUUUAGGGUUUUCUUACUCUACUGUAAAUUUUUCUGUCUAAAAACAUGUAUUUCAUUGUUGGAUACACACACCAUUAUAAUACAGUUUAAUGAUGUCUGCCGAAAAAUGGUAAGAAAGGAAACAGCAAAGCAAGAAAACUGUGCUCAUCUUAUCCUAAUUUUGUCUACUUCAAAAGCAAACUUCAGUUUCAGCUUUCUUUUCAUACGCAUCCCUUCCUAUUCAUGUGCACAGGAUUAGGAUUCAAACCCGAGAUUCAGGUCUGUCUGUUUAUGCUUUAUAUUUUUCGUUAUUAGUUUCGGAUGCAGUAAUUAAAGUCAAAAUAUGUUUGUUUAUACAGAUUUUCAUUGUAAAAAUAUACUGGCUUGACACAACAGUUCAAUGUAAAAU